AUGAAAUACGUCCUCUUCUCUUUGAGCGCCUUCGUGUUCUACGCGAUUUUCUACUUUUCAUACAUCAAUGGCUUGCAUUUCCUCGGUAAUCAGUCAAUCGAGUCAGGCAAGCUUCCGGGUAUCAACGAGCCACUGAGGACAGUAUACACGGGUGUCGAGCCAGUCGAUCAUCUCCUGGCCACUUUGACGACCUUCUUUUACCCAUCGCUCGAUGGCCAGAAUCCCGGACUCUUGCUCCACAGCAUUGCUUUCUCUGGAUCCUUCGGAGCAGCAUGGACUUUGGUUGUCUUGGAGUCGUGGAGAAAGGGUAAUGCGGGAACGGUAGCUGCAUACCCCAUGGUCUUUGGCCUCGUAGCGCAAGUAUUCACUUUUGCCUUCGCGACCCCUUUGUUCCUAGGCCUUCAACUCGGUUGUUCGGUCACGGCUCAUCGACCUCACGCAAACAACAUCCGCGUUCCACGCGCGGUUCUGGCAGCUCUGCCGUUGGUCUUUGGUGUUGGAUUCAUGAUACCAACCCAUAUGAUGGUUUUGCCUGCCCCAUCCGUAAUCCCCGUGGACUUCAAGCAAAUCGCGAUCGCCAUUUGGCAACCAUGGCCUGCAUAUGUCUCGGUUCUUAGCACCGUUGCCUACUACUUGCUGUCUCCGUUCAUCUCGAACAGCCACCGAGCCUCCAUGUCCAGCUUGCGCUGGGUUUACGCAUUCGCCUUCAUCAAUGCAUCUUUGCCGCACCUCGUGUCAUGGAUAGUGUCAUUGGCGACGGUUAUUGUACCCAUGAUAUUUGAAAAGCGAUUCCUGGAGACGCUGCACCCGGCAAAUGUGUACUCCAUCCCGCUACCUUGGUCAGGGCUGGUUGUUGACAAUGUCGGGGAUGGUGUCCAUGCCUUCCUUCGCUGGGACUACAUCAUUGGUACCUCUGGUGUUUUGAUUUGGGCUCUCUCGUUGUACACUGCCGCGCACAAGCAAUUGCUCAACACUGUUUCUUGGCCCAGCUUGCUGUUCAAGACCGCUGUCAUGACCGCUGUUGCUGGCCCUGUCGGCGCGGCGGUAGAGUUGGUCUGGGAAAGAGACGAGCUGGUGUUUUCCGAGACUGGUGGCGACAACCAGCGAGUUUCGGCGGCCAAAAAGUCAACAUAA